AUCCCCUAUCGCAGAAAUAGCAGGUUCACUGGCCGCAAGGAUCUCCUUGAGUCGAUAAAGAGGAUAUGCAGCCAUAACGAUCAUACGCGGAUCGCACUUCAUGGGCUCGGGGGUUCUGGGUAUGCAUUCCAUUAUCGUUACUGUUAUUUUGGGGGAUUACUAACAUUGUUUAGAAAAACUCAGAUUGCCCUGGAGUAUGCCUAUCAGUGUGUAAGCGAGAUCGAUUGUCAUGUUUUCUGGGUGCAGGGGAGUGGGGUAUUGAAAUUUAUUGAGGGUUUCAAAGCUAUUGCACAGCAUGUUCGGAUUCCACUAGCUAGCGCUGAGAUGGAGCAAGAGGAAUUACUAUCUAGUAUAAAG